ACGAAUUAUAUUUGUCUCAAAAUUAAUAAAAAAUAUUGAGAGGCGAUGAUUCGAAGCCAAUCUGAUCGCUUUCUUGGUAUUAUUAUUACCAUCUAUUUCUUAUUUUUCCUUAUCUCCUUACCAAACACUCUCGCUUCUCCCACACGGUCCUUGUGCCGCAGCGACCAAAGAGAUGCUCUUUUGGAGCUAAAAAAAGAGUUCACGAUCCAUUCUAACGACAACGGUCAUGUAACAACAGUUUUGUGGAACAAGAGUGCAGACUGUUGUUCUUGGGAGGGUGUCACGUGUGAUGCUACAUUAGGAGAGGUGAUAUCACUUAAUCUCAUUUCAGAAACUGCCAACACCUCUUUGAAACCUAGCAGUGGUCUUUUUAAACUCCAACAUCUUCGUGAGCUAGAUCUUUCAUUUUGCCAUCUCCAAGGAGAUAUUCCUUCUUCCAUUGGGAAUCUUUCUCAUCUCAAGCAUCUUGAUCUUUCUUGUAACCAAUUAGUAGGUGAAUUCCCGGCUUCAGUCGGUAACCUAAACCAACUAGAGUACUUGGAUCUUUCUGUUAAUAAUCUCAGAGGUAAUAUUCCAACUUCAUUUGCCAACUUAACGAAACUUUCUGAAUUGCACCUCCGUGAAAAUCAAUUCACUAGUGGGAUUAGAGUAUUAGCCAACUUAACCACCUUGUCCAUUAUAGACCUCUCCUUCAAUCACUUCAAAUCCUCGAUUUCCUCGGACCUAAGUGGACUCCACAAUUUAGAGCGAUUGUGGGUGUAUAAUAACUCAUUUUUCGGACCUUUUCCCUCAUUUGUGCUCACUAUUCCUUCAUUAGUCGAUAUUGCUUUAAGUGAAAACCAAUUCGAGGGAGCUAUUGAUUUUGGGAACACUUCUUCCUCAUCUAAGUUGACAAACUUCGAUGUUAGCUACAACAACUUUGAUGGGCUAAUCCCAGAAUCUAUAUCUAAAUUUGUUAAUCUCAAAAAUUUAGAUCUUAGCCACAACAAUUUCGGAGGACCAGUCCCUAGUUCUAUAUCAAAAUUAGUCAAUCUCGACCAUUUAUAUCUUAACCACAACAACUUGGGAGGAAAAGUCCCUAGAUCAAUAUUUAAAUUAGUCAAUAUAGAAUAUUUAGAUCUUAGCCACAACAAUUUUGGAGGACCGGUCCCUAGAUCAAUAUCUAGAUUAGUAAACCUCAGUUCCCUUGAUCUUUCCUACAACAAGUUGAACGGUGAAGUACCUCAUUGUAUAUGGAGUUCGUCUAAGUUGAACUCGGUGGAUGUUUCUUAUAAUUCUUUCACCAGCUUUGGAAAAUCUGUGGAACUUGGUGAUGGAUCAUUAGAAAGAGAUUGGGAUCUUAGUUCAAAUUCACUCCAAGGACCAAUUCCCAAAUGGAUUUGCAACUUCAAAUAUUUUUCUUUCCUAGAUUUUUCCAACAACCAUCUCAAUGGCUCAAUUCCACAAUGCUUGAAGAAUUCCACUGAUUACGGUAUGUUAAAUCUGCGAAACAACAGUCUAAGUGGGUUUAUGCCAGAUUUAUGCAUGGAUGGCUCACAGUUGCGAUCACUUGAUGUCAGCCUCAACAAUUUUGUGGGGAAACUUCCAAAAUCUUUGAUCAAUUGCGAGGUGAUGGAAUUUCUAAACGUGAGAGGAAACAAGAUCAAAGACACGUUUCCAUUUUGGUUGGGAUCUCUACAACACCUAACAGUUCUUGUGCUCCGGUCAAAUACAUUAUAUGGUCCACUCUAUAACCCCUCUGCCUAUUUAGGGUUUCCAAGCAUGAGGAUCAUGGACAUAUCCAACAACAACUUCAGUGGAUCGUUACCACAAGACUAUUUUGCCAACUGGACUGAAAUGUCAUCCGUGUGGAGUCGACCUAUCCGCACACUCGAUUAUAAAAGAAAUAUACGUAUACCAGGAUCGAACUACAUGGGGGAUAGAAAAAAUAAUCACAAAGAUUCAAUUGAGUUGGUGUAUAAAGGAGUAGACAUGGAUUUUGUUCAAAUCUUUAAAGCCUUCAAAGCUAUUGAUUUUUCUGGAAACAGAUUCUCUGGACAUAUCCCUGGAUCCAUUGGUCUAUUGAGCGAGUUGCGUCUUCUCAACUUGUCAGGGAACGCAUUCACAGGCAAUAUCCCACCAUCAUUGGCAAAUAUUACAAAGCUCGAGACAUUAGAUCUAUCACGAAAUAACUUUUCAGGUGAAAUUCCUCGAGGACUCGGAAAACUCUCGUUUCUCUCCACCAUCAACUUCUCCCACAAUCAUCUACAGGGAUUGGUGCCACGGAGCACACAGUUCAGAAGUCAAAACUGUUCUUCGUUCACGGGUAACCCUGGACUCUAUGGCCUCGAAGAAAUUUGUGGAGAAAAACAUGUCUCCGUUCCAACACCGCGUCAACAGGAUGAGUCUACGUCAGAAUCAGAAGAGCCUAUGUUGAGUUGGAUAGCAGCCGCGAUAGCGUUUGGACCUGGUGUGUUUUACGGAUUAGUGAGCGGACACAUCUUCACAUCAUACAAACACAGGUGGUUUAUGGCUGGUUAAUCUCAAUGGUUUCGUCAAGUUUGUACUACGAUAACUUAGCUGGUCAAGUGUUUAUUAUUUUUAGUUUUCCUAUUUUGUGGUUUUAAAAAAAAAAAGUUGUUGGUGUUAUAAGUUGUAAAAGCACUGGUAUGGUGAUCAAAAAGGCCUUGAAAUUUCACAUUGGAUUUUUUACAUUACUAUUGAGGAAAUGAGGCUUGAAGCUUUUAUAGUAAUCA